AUGGUGGACAUAAUGAGCAGCCCAAGUAAGGGUGUCAAUGACAGCCAGCCAAUGUUUGUUUACCAAUACAUCACCGAUGAGGGAUUCAAAGUUCCGCAGACGGACUUAAAUCUUUACCAGCUGGACGGCAGCCUGGAGCAUGAGUGGAUUGAUAGAGGCCGUGGAGAACUACGGAAGAUAAUGAAGACUGUCAAGGGACAACUGACACAGGAGAUUUACGACCUGAUUGCAUCGGAUACCCUUUCUACGCAAAAGCUAUUGGAAUGCUGCGACAAGGUCACUCCAAAUACUGUAGAAAACAAGUAUGUGUUGCUAAAAAGGCGUUACGUGGCCAAGGGAGGUAUUGUGAUUGAUCGGAAACGGAAAGAUGCUCCUGUGAUUGAGCCUGAUAGUCUUUUCGAUAUGAUCAUGUCUGCGCAUCUUAUCAACGACCAUAUGCCUUGGCGCAAAGUAUAUCAGCAUAUGAAAGGUCUAUAUGCUAAUGUGACUCGAGAGCUGACGAACAUGGUUACUGGUUAUUGCUCUCAUUGUAAUAUGGAUCGUAGCGUCAGGCGGUUCUCGCGGUACAAGCAUUAUAAUGUCCACGAGAAACUCAUGCCUCUAGAAAGAUGCCAUGUAGAAGUUUUUGCACCAUUUGAUGACGAGGGGGUUGAGAAGAUUCAGGGCAAGUACAGUCAUCUCCUUUAUUGCCGUGACUACCACUCACGCUUUAUUUGGCUUCUUCCAUUAGAGGGUAUAGCGUUCCGUUAUCUACUUCCUGCGCUAGCGCAAUUGCUAUGUACGAUGAUAAGGGUUCCAAUAUUCCUUGAGACUGCGACAUUGGAUAGGCAGGACAUGUUUGAUAUAUGUGAAGUAAUUGCUCGAAGGUACAAGUUCAAGAUAGGAUUGGGAUUGAACAGUGGGACUGAAUUUCAGAAAAAUGGUAUUAAAAGAGUAAAACAGUUACUAAGCGAAUAUAAGGAGGAAUGUCAAGAUGAUUGGAAUAUGUGUUUACGUCUAGUUCUGAGUCGCGUUAAUCAGACAUAUGCGGACCGUGUAAGAGGUAUACCGAGUGAUUUAUUAUGCAAUGAAAUUCCAAAUAUAUCCAUGAAGUUUAAGCAGAAACAGAAGAAAAUUAUAGACCAGUUAUAUGCACACCAUGUGGUACAUUUCAAAGAAGCAGGAGGUAUGAUCUACUUGGAAGAUGAGGAAAGUGCUUUUGUUAUGGAUGACCCUGAUGAUGAUUGCACGCCAGUUCCAGAAGAGCCGCCAGUCGCUAGCGACUCUAUACAAAAUUCUGCGACUAUAUUAACUCCCAUAACUAGUACUCAGAUUACAGAGAACGAGGUAGCCCGUCAAGAUCCUGAUCAGCUUGAGAUACGCCCCCCUUCCCAGAAUAACGAGUCUUUGUCGGAUCGUGUUUCGUCCGAAGAACCGCCAGUGUCGAAAGAAAGGAAAAAGCGUAAAAUAUCCAAAAGGGCUCUAAAAACCGCUUCUUCUCCAUCGCCCAAUGUAAAUGAAGAGUACUAUAAUAACAGCGAGCUUGCUGGCCCCGGGAGCUCUUUUUUCAAAAAUAUCUCUACUUCUCAAGAGCCAAGGUAUGGCGACGUAUCGCUUGAGCUGUGA